GUUCUUUCUGUUUCCGGUGGCGGCUGUUUGGGGGAGGGGAGAAAAAAAGCAACAAUAGACCCCGCUACUAAUUCCUCCGACGGCUCCUUUUCGGGGCUUUCCUCCUGGAAGGGUGUCCGGAAGUCGCUCCCUCUCCCGCUUCUCCCUCUCUAUGCUACUUCCAUCGCCGCCAACAUGAUGCCCGUAUUCAAGAGCAGCCGGAGAGACUUCACUUUCGGGCCGUGGAAGCUGACGGCCGCUCGGACCCACAUCAUCAAGUCGUCGGAGGCCGAGAGAUUAGCUGAAGAACUACACAUUCCUUGUGUUCCAGAAAUGAUGUUUGGAGACAAUGUCUUAAGAAUUCAACAUGAAUCUCUCUUUGGAAUAGAGUUCAAUGCAACUGAUGCCUUAAGAUGUGUAAAUAGCACUCAAGGCAUGGUUAAAGUUGCCUGUGCAGAGGAGUGGCAAGAAAGCAGGUCUGAGCCUGAGCACACAAAAGAAGUUGUUAAACCAUAUGACUGGACCUAUACAACAGAUUACAAAGGAACUCUUCUAGGUGAUACAUUAAGGUUAAAGGUUUCUCCCACAACAGAACAUAUAGAUACAGAGAAACUAAAAGCCAGGGAACAGAUUAUGUUCUUUGAGGAAAUACUUCUGUUUGAAGAUGAACUUCAUGAUCAUGGAGUUUCAAGCCUGAGUGUAAAAAUAAGGGUAAUGCCUUCAAGCUUCUUUGUGCUCUUGAGGUUUUUCCUGCGAGUUGAUGGUGUGCUUAUCAGAAUGAAUGAUACAAGGCUUUAUCAUGAGGCUGAUAAACACUACAUGUUACGGGAAUACACCUCGAGGGAAAGCAAAAUAUCAAGCUUAAAGCAUGUUCCUCCACCCCUUUUCACGGAUCCUAAUGAAGUUGCUCAGUAUUUACCUGUCAAGGAGAACAUAUGUGAGAAGCUGGAGUUCCCCGAGAAUUUGCAUCCUGAAUCUGAAGCAGCACCAGAAGGCAUUUAAGCGGGAUCUCCGUAAUUUUGUGGACUUGAAACAGACCUUGUUCUGGAGACCAUGUAAUGCCUCGGUCGUUGUCACUGAAGAUUUAUCUACUUGCUAGAUACAGAUCUAUUUGGAUGUCUGACUAAAAUUUCUGUAGCUGUGGAUGGGCAGGAGCAGGGAGCUAAUUUCAAACUUUUGCUAAUGUUUUCGUUGUGUCUAUUUCAAAUGUGCCCUGAAACUGGUUCUGGACUGUUACCUGACAUUGGAGAAUAAACCCGCAAAUCACCAGUAAUUCUUUUGAAGCAUACAGCAUUUCAAGAAAGUUUAGUGGGUUUAGGAAAAAAAUCAAGACUCAUUCAUAAGCUCGAACAGCUACGAAGAACUUUGUUUUAACAUAGUCUUUGUUAUACAAGGGCCUUGUUUCAUAACAUUCAUAGGACUAAGCACAUUGGUAAGUUUUUGGAUCUCAGUGGAUGGUAUUACUCUUUUAAUCAGUUGCAUGGUGUCUGUCUUUAAAUAAGAAAUACACGAGAAACACUAUUUAGCCUUGUUCACAUGCAACAUUAAACCGUAGUUUAAAAUAAACUGGUUUUGCAUAAAUGAGUUCUCCCUGGCUUCUGUCUGUGGCACACAGAGGAGGAAACAAGCCUUGGUUGGACAUGCUGGAACAUGUGACCCUCUGCUUGUUAUUUGAUUCUUGCCAAACCAUGAGUGGUAAACGAAGAAGAAACCUUGGCUUCCACUUAUGGUUGGUGUAGCUUAGUCAGAAGUGGUGGGUGAUUUCAUGGGUGAAAUAACGACGUGUAAAGUAUGGUUUAAUUUGGUAUGCGAACUAGGCUGAUGCCUUCUAAAUGAAACUAAGGGCAGCACUGAGUGUUGUAUACUGCUCAUGGAGCAAGAUUUUACUUUCCUACCCAAGUAUACCUCCAAAAUCUCACCCUCUGGAGCAAACUGAGGAUGCUAGAGGGGCUACAACGAGGAGAAGGGGAAUGUGAAGUCCUGUUGUGUGAGCAAAAGUCUGUUCCACUCUCACAGACAUCAUUAAGUGCAACACAAUGACCGUUUCAUAGAUCUUGGAAAAACAAUUUAACAAAAGUUUGGAGGCAAAGUGGAACUCGGUUUGCAAAUUGGGGCUUUCUUUGCUCCUUGCCCUACAUUCCGCCAAAAGCAACUCCUGAGGACUGAGGGUCCCUCAAAAUGCAGUGGAACAGAGGAAUUGGAAAAAAAUGGACAGGGCUUCUAAUGUGCAUGCAGAAGUCCCAUUUCCAUUUGUGCAAGAUACCUUUGUAUCCAAGCCAAAGAGUUGCAUAAUCAGUUUGGUCCAGUAGUGUUUCACGGUAGGUUGCUUUCUAACAGUUUUGAUGGAGUUGGUUCUUAAGCAAGCUAGGCAUUUUUAAUAGGGAGUAAUCGUUGAAAUGGAUUGCACAGUACCAUAUUAUUGGUGAAUGUUACCUCCCAUUAAAAAAUAAUAAUCCUGGGAGUUAAUAUUGAUUACAUUGCCAGAAUAUGUAAAUUCAUGAGAUUCCUUUAUAUGGUGUCAGUAAUUUACUUCACAGUAGUCUACUUCAAAUAUGUUUAACUUGUAAUUUUAAGUUAUCACUAUUUUAACUUAAAACAAUUACAAAGAUAUUCAUAUUUGUGUUCUGAGAGUACUCUGCUACCAAGCCCUUUUCCUGCCUUUCUAAUGAGCUAUAUAUUUUGGAUGAAAACCUGUGUUUCAUGUGUUUUGUUCUGGUCCUGUUGUUUUUUUCUAAUAAGAGAAGAGAUUAUUUGUACUGCUUGCAGGAGAUGACGGAAGUGUGUUGUGUGUUUUCCCACCCCUCCAAAGGAAAACUUAAGUUGGGAUUCCCACCCCUCCAAUGGCAGUGGAAGUUUAGAGAUAUCCUGCUAAUAGCAUAUGCAUGUCUGCUGCCAUUGACAGUAUUUCUUCGGUUUCACAUGACGGUGAAGAGUCUGAGCAACUGUUUCAGGCUUGCUUGUUUUUCUGUGCCACCAAUUCAUUUUUCAGUGGUGAGCAAGAAUUUCUUUUUCUAUUCUACAUUUCCCCACUUCUAAAACCUAUCUGCUUUGGAGUUUCAAAGCAGUCAAAUGCUAUGCAUGUUUAAUAGGAGUUCCCUUGAACAUUGUAGGACUUAUUUCUGAGUAAACACGCAUAGGAUCGGAAUGCUGAGUUUUAAAGGUGGAUCCCAAAGGAUCAAUGGUAAAAAGGUCACCACUGAACAUACAUGCAUAUGGAAGACCUUGACUUCAUGCAAAUCACUCAGUGAUGCAGUUUGCACUGCAAAGCGAUUCUUCUAAAGAAUUGAGUAUGUAUAACCUGUAAAUAGCAUGCAUGUGUCGACACCACAAUUUAUGCAGAUGGUCAGCUGAUUCUGUAAUUCUUAGGAAUCUCUUAGUUGCUCAUACUAACUGUUAAUUUUGUUGUGGCUACCUUUCUCUUCUUUCAUUAUUACCAGUCAUAUAAUAAACAGAACAAAGAUGAUGAUUGCUUGACCUGGGGAAGGAACCCAGGUGAAAAUAGAUACAGAAAGUUGAAGGACAAAGGAAGGACAAGCAAGUCUCUUGUGCUAAAGAUACUCUCAGUAUCUUUAGCACAAGUCUAUUGAAAUGGAGGGAAAUUGCCCUUUCAUUUCAGUGGGAUUUGUUCAGAAGCAGUUUUAAGAUUUUCACACACAAAGGCCUCUCAUAUUGUCCUUUAGUCAGCCAAAUAAGUGAUGGUUUGUACUAUAAUCAGCUGUUGCUAAAUAAAAAUGUACGCCACCUUUUAAUCUCUCAA